CGCUCGUUCACUCUCCCUUCAUUCGCGUUUCACUCGAGCUCUUCGCGGAGGAUCUCCACCGUGGAGUCAGUAUCCCGUGAUGGUUAGGUACGCGCGAAUCCACUCGCGCCGCGUCGUUGACAAGUGAACUCUGCCAACAAGCGACGCCUUUACAGGAUCCUACGAAAUUUUUCUUUUCGUUUCCUUUUUCUCUCUCUCUCUCUCCCUCCCUCCCACCCUCCCUUCCUCCCUCUCUCUCUUUUUCUUCCGAAUUUCAUAAAUCCUCGUGUCCCUCGAACCUCGUGACUGUGGACGUUUUCGUUCCGUUUCGUUUCAUUUUCUUUCGUUCCACCGUAUUCACUCGAGGUUUCUUCAAGCGUACACAGUAAACAGAGAAGAACGCGUAGCGUGUGCAUAUAAAGAAACGGUGGCGAGCGUGGAAAAGUGCUUCGGACUGAAAUCGCGCAGCUGUCAGAUCAACCGAAGCGACGAGCUUCUUCUUCUUCUUGUUCUUCUCGUUCUUCUUCUUCUUCUUCUUGUUCUUCUUCAUCUUCAUCUUCUUUCUCCGCUUCUUCUUCGACGAGCUAGUGUGCCCGGCCAGGAUUUGUGUAUACACGUAUUAUACGUACUACAUAGAGAAGGUUGUGCAUGUUGCAACACGUACGUGGGCCGUACGUACCGUACAACUUGUUCUUCUGCUCACUGAAACCAACCGCCUCCGCCACCGCCGUCUGUCUACAGAAGAUCCGUUGCCUCUCCGCUGUGCUGCGUUGCUUAAUUCCUGUGAAAAUCGCGGCGAGCUCUGAGCAUCCCGGACACAUUUGCUGCUGUGAGUGAUGGCCCUACGUCUGAGGAGCAGCAAGGAUGUUAAGAAGAGCUCGUACUACGUUUGGUACUUGGGCGCGAGGGAGGCCAAGGGGGUGGACGCAAUGCCCGGUGCCAUAGCUUACCUGCUCGAACGAGAACGACUACAGGAGCCUUUCAAGGUCACGCUACAGGUGAGCAACAAGGGGCUGAAGAUUAUACAGACGGUCCAUCCAGGCGGCUCGACGAGGUCGGCUGUGAAGCAUUUAGUGCCAGGACACGCUGUACUUGCGGCCGUGCAACGAGAGGACGUCGUCGCCGCAACUCUUCUGCUUCCAAAUCCGGCCACCAACAAUCCUGUCCACGUGCACGCGUACAGAUGCGACUCGGUCGAAACGGCCGAAUUGUUGGGCGGCCAGUUGAAAGCGCUGGCAUCGCACACCGACAAUUUGGCAAGGGUGAACUCGGUGGAAGGCAGAGCUCGUAGCAAUUUAGGGAGCGACGGUCGAAGUACCAGGGAAUCGGAGUCGUCGGAAGGCAGCGGUGAACUGAGACACGAUUCCGUGCAGACAACCACGAUAUACGAGUCCUUGGCCGCGGAGUUGCGUGCCAAGCUGGGUAGAGGGAACUCGGGUGACAACGACGUGGGUCCAAUUUUGCUACCUCCGCGAGAUUACGAUACCGUGCACAGACACAGAGGCAACCUGGCCGGGAUCGAGUUCAGACGUUGCUUGAAUCAAACGAUCGUGGGCGGCAGUACUACGAUCGACAGGGGAGGCACGAGGAGCGCUGCGAGCAGCGGGAUAGGAUCGGAUAGCGCCGCUACUCCCCCGCCUUAUCAGAGCCAUCAUCCUUUGGGCCCCAGACCCUCCAGACCUUCCAGAGAUUCCUCCUCCGACGAUGAUUGGGGAGCGCCGGCAGAAGAGAACGAUUAUUUACCGGAAACAGAAACGACUGGAACAAGUCUGACGUUGCCAAGAUUACCCAGAAGUCCCGAAAGAUUGAGCAGCCAGGUGAACAGAGGUGUUUCGCCGAGUUGCAAUAGAAGUCGCAGGGCACCGGAAUUCAGACAGCGGUCGCCUAGCCCUCAGUAUCAGCCUAGAAUCAAUCCUUGCGAGGUGUCCAGUCCCAGAGAGAGAUUCCAAGAUGCCAAGGAGAUGUUCCGAGCCAUGGAGAGAGAGGCCAUCGCAAGGCCUGUUCUUUCUCGGCAGAGAGAUGUGGAAAGUCAUCCUGUUCACAGGGUUGAGUCAGCCAGACAGAGCCACGAGGAACAACCGAGUCGUCAACAUUCGGCGAGCAACAGUUCAACAACUGGCCACGAACAUUUGAUCAGACGGAAUCAUUCGGAGGUAUCGGAACGGGAGAAUGAUGUUUCUUACAGAGCUCGACCGCGGCCACGAACCCAUCAUUAUGCGAUGGAACGACCAGCGGAGCAAGAGGUCUCGAGGCCUCGGCCGAGAAGCUUCUACGAAAAUCCAACGGUUGGAAGAGACUUCCGAGAGCAAAGAAACGUCGCUGAUCCGAGAGAAGUUCGAGAUUUCCGUGACCGCGCGCACAUGAAGGAAAUACGCGAGAAAGUACGCGCCAGGGCAACCACGUACCAAGAACUCUCUGAGCACGAGAGAUACCCAGGUUUAGACCGUGACAGCGCGAGACCACCCUUGGAAAUCGUGCCAACCCCGGGUCGAUAUCGACACAGCUAUGCAGAACCGCCCAGACUUGGUUUGGCGGCUCUUCAUCCAUACUGAGUCGAUCGACUCGUUGUUAACUAAUAAAUUAUUUAAUUAAUCCGACCGUAUCGUUAUCGUACCAUUCUCUAAAUGGCGUCCUCGACGAUAUUUUAUGCGUCGAAUAAUUAAGGGGAGCGAAUGAAAACCUGAAAAAGACGAAUUGUACAAAAUUCAUUUUACAAAUUCUGCUUUGUUCGCUGUUUAAUCGUAUCUGAUCGUAAAGAAUAAACUUGCAAACUUACUAUUUAGGUAUUAAUAAUAUUACGAGUGUACAGAUGUUAUUUAUAAAUCAAGUUCAAAUAUCUUCAUCUUCAUCGUUACAUUCUUUCGAUAUUAUCUGUGAAUACUUUUUCAAUUCAAUCGUUGUUGUGAUAAUUUUCACUGUUAUAUUGUAGUUCUUUCGAAAAUAAGUUCGAGAUAGAAAAUGAAAUAAAUUUCAUUACAAGAGAUAAUAAUUAUGAAGCUUUUGUCUUUUCGUCAUUGUAGGGUUUCAUUUGCCCCGUUUUUAUAAAUUCUAAAAAAUUUGCGGAUUUUUUCGAGCAGUCAAAGACGACGAUUUUUGUAUUCGUCGUUUCAUAGACCUCGAUCCUCCGAAUCGUGGGUCUUAUAUUGAUUUCUGACCCUUAUAUGCACUAUAUUGAUAUUCGUGCCAGAUGCCAGGCUAACGAUAAUGAUAAGAACAAGUAACAAGCAAUAAUAUUGACAAUAACAGAAAUAAUAAUAACGUUAAUAACAAUAAA